CUAUUAGAUGUGAUUGCUAAAAUCUCGUUCUCUCAAAAUCGGAAAUUCCAACGCUAUGAAGAAAAUUGAAUGUGAUUGAUUCAGCAUUAUCAGUGAAAAUCCUGGAUGGAUUCGCCAAUGAAAUAAAACAGAUUUUGUAACACAACGAUCAACUACUGCAUUUCAUCUACGAAUGUUUUUCAAUUCGACAGUGCAAAGCAAAAAGUGCGAGGAUUAUUUCACGAGCAGUUUCUGGAUUUAUCGUAACGGGAAUUCUUAUAAAAAUGCAAACUUUUUUAUGAAUAUAUGGAACAAUGGAUUGUACGUGAAUUAUACGAAUUUCUCUUGAACGCAAAUGUAUCGAAUUAUAUCUACUAUAAUCCUUUUUUUGGAUCGGUUUCUUUGAUUUAAAAUUUGGUGCGAUCGAUUGCGCGCGAUUUAAGUCGAACAGAAGACAAUGACGGAGAAUGUAUACGUCAUAAAAAUCAAGACAAAGCCACCGUUGUCGUCUUUAUAUCCAUCGGAGCGUCGCUACUCGGCGUCGACGGUUGGCGGCAUGUCCCUGAUCCACUUCAUUCUCGGGGCGAUAUCCCUCUUUUUGAGCACCGUGUCCAUGUCUGUUCCGGGUCAUAUUUUGUCUCUCGCAUGUCUGGUACCGUCCGUGACCGGCUGUCUCGCUUGGCGACGUUGGUACAUCGACCGGAACAUCACCAUUUUCUUCUACGGUAGCCUCUUCUCCUCGGCGGUCGGGAUCUUCUGCAGCGUCGUCAUGAUAUACGAUCUUACGGUGAUUUUAAACGCUGAAGAAUCCCAGCAGUCGUUAAAGAUUCUCGACGCUCAUCAUCAUCCUAUCGAUGAUUUCACGAAUGAUACUCAUAAUGUAACAUUAUCCAAAGGCAAUCCAAAGUUCAUCGAAAAUCAUGAUUCUUCGAAAAUCGACAAAUUUAAUAAAUCACUCGUUACUUUAGAACCAUUUGAGUUCAACGUUUUUGAGGAAAGAAUGAUGAUAUCGAAAGGUACUUUCCAGGAUGACGACACGAUGAACAUUACGGGAUCUGUGAAUUUGAAGGAGAAAAAAAUGGCUGUCUGGCGUAGACGAGAAUUCGACUCGAAUUUAUACGGAAUACCGAUGGCCAUGAACGUUAUAACAGCGUCUUGUCUGGAGGUACUCUGGUCACUGCUAAGUGCGCAAAUUGCGUUCAACGGAAUGAUGAAUUUGCCGGAGAGCGGUAAUGCCGUCGCUGGUUCGAAGACGACGAAAUUGCCGUUGCAAAAGAGAAAACCCCCUGCACCCAAGCCGGAUAUCUUGAAUCACGAUCAUCAAUUGUCGGAAAGUCUACAGAACUUCACUACUUUGCAAGGUCUCGCUGGUCUAGGACCGCGACUACCCUUGCCGGAAUCUAGCAGAGAAUUUAGGGAAAGGGUUGAGAGGUUCUUAGCGAAUCAGGCAACGCAUAGAGUCGUUGAAGGUGCUUGAAGUUCAUAAUUUCAUUAUGAACUCUCUAUAUGAAUUUUGAAAUAUUCCAAAACAUUUUUGCUCUCGUCCAUUUUUCCU